UUGGAUGAGGGCUGGGGGAGAAAGGGUGGGGGGGACAGAGCGGGCGUUGACGCGCAGCGUUGCCGACACCGUUGGAGGCUGGCGAGAAGCUGUCAUUUCUGUCCUUCGCACGCCAGGGCCAUGGAGGCUCAGCGGGAGUCCCCGCGUCGUGUGCCGGACACCCCUCCGCCGUCCCCGGGGCCGCCCCCGCCGCCCCCUCUUCCUCCCCCGCCGCCUUCCAACCUGGCGCUGCCGGGCAAACCACAGCGCGAGGAGAAAAGAGCGACGCUGAGCAAAGUAGUUAUACGCCGGCUACCUCCUAGCUUUACCAAGGAACAGCUGGAGGAACAGCUCCAUCCACUUCCUGCUCAUGAUUAUUUUGAAUUUUGUACGUCUGAUCCCAGUCUUUAUCCUCACCUCUACUCAAGAGCAUAUAUUAAUUUUAGAAAUCCUGAUGACAUCCUUCUUUUUAGAGAUCGUUUUGAUGGCUAUGUCUUCAUUGACAACAAAGGCUUAGAGUAUCCUGCUGUGGUUGAAUUUGCACCAUUCCAAAAGAUUUCAAAAAAGAAGCUAAAGAAGAAAGAUGCAAAAGCCGGAAGCAUAGAAGAUGAUCCAGAAUACAGAAAAUUUUUAGAAAGUUAUUGUGUCGAAGAAGAAAAAAUCUGUGCCAAUCCUGAGACCCUGUUGGGAGAGAUUGAGGCAAAAACAAGGGAACUCAUUGCUAGAAGAACAACACCCCUUUUGGAAUAUAUUAAAAAUAGAAAAUUAGAAAAACAGAGAAUACGUGAAGAGAAAAGGGAAGAACGAAGGAGGAGAGAAUCAGAAAAGAAACGUAUAAGGGAAGAUGAGAAACGAAAACGCAGAGAAGAAGAACGGCGUAAAAGAAAGGAAGCAGAAAAGCAAAAGAAAAUUGCUGAAAAAGAAAUAAGGAUCAAGCUUCUUAAAAAGCCAGAGAAAGGAGAUGAGCAAACUACAGAGAAACACAGAGAAAAAGACAUAGAAGAAAGUAAAUGGGAGAAAUCUCCAGGGCAUGGGAGCAUAAAAUCCAAGCCACCAGAAGGUUCACUAAAGGAACUGAAGGAAAAGUCACAAAAUGAUAGUGAUAAAGAGCAAAGAGAAUCAGACCGAAGAUUUCAUGAUAAAGAACCAGAGAGACAAAGGUAUCGGUUGGAUGACGGCCGAAAGCACAGAACUCACUAUGAAUUUGACAAGUUUGUGAGAAGGAAUGAAGAUGAGCUGAAAUGGGGGAAAGGAUACAGCCAAGACCGAGGGAAGAAAGUGAGCUACAACUACAGCUUCACUGUGGACACAGUAGACAAACUGGGUAAAGAGGACAAGUGUGAUGACAUGGCAUCCAAAAAGGAGCGCAUAAGAAAUAAGGAUCGGCCAGCCAUGCAACUAUACCAGCCAGGAGUUCGCAUUCGAACACAUACGGGGUCUACAAGUAGGUCCUAUGACUAUGCUGAAAAGUCUCUGGAAGAUGCUUAUGACAGAAAGUAUGAGGCAGACAAUUCAACCGGAGCUGGUUCUGAGAAGAGCGAAGAUGCAGAAUAAAACAAAACGAACAAAACAAAGACAAGAAGAAUUAUAGUUCCCACAGAAUCUUCCGUGUUCUCAGAACUCAACCAACAUCACCCAACUAUUAUGGCCUCCCCCACCCCCCCACCCUCUACUUUGCUGGCAGCAGUUUGAUUCACAUGCAACGUUGCAUACAUAUAACAUCAAAACACUUUAUGAAAAAAAGAAGGGGAAAGGCCUUUUGCGUCAUAAGGGCUUGUUGAAUGUGCAUUUAUACUUUCCAGCUGAGGUACACGUUAUGUAUUGAGUCCACCUUCUGCACUCAUCAGUUGUACCAAUGCAUAUUUGAUUGCUUAUUAUGCCAGUAAUAUCCUGAAAAUCCUGGGGUUUUUUACAGGCAUUUUGUAAUUAGUCAUUUGACUCUAUGCCUAAUGGGCAGCAGAUAGUUCCUUUGGGCAGACUGUCACCUAAAUAUGAGGACAUGUUUAAAUAUUGUUGAAUAUUAUGCUAGAUUUAAUCCAGAAUGUGGAAACUUUUGUUGAUUAUUAGUUUAUCUCACAUUUUGUGUGUCAUGUCAAAUACUUCCAAAAAUGCCUUUUCCAGUCUUGAGAGGAUUUUUGUUGGCUUGAGAGGAUUUUUAAAAACUGUGCCUUUAUCCUAUCAGUUAAAGUUACUACAGAUCCCAGUCCUGCAAUCCCAAGAAAAUAAAGCAUUCUGCCGAGAAUAAUUGUUAGAUUUCGGUCUCGGGGGAGGAGCAAUAACAGAGGUACUAUAGCCUUGGUCCUACAAAGAGCUCAGUCCUACUUUAGCAUGUAUUAAUGCAUAAUUAACAAUAAGAAAUGAAUGGCACCUAUAAUGAAGGUAAUGUUCAAAUUAUUGUUGUAGGACAAUACAAGAUCCUAGCAAGUUCAUGGGCAGUUAAGGCAUAUUUGCAGGAUCAUGUUCUAACUUGGACAUUUGUGUCCAGUGUCUGCAGUCGUCAGUACCUCACUGAGCUUUUUCUGAUCAUUGAGGGGAGGGGCAAAUUAGACAUUUAUGGUAGCACAGUGUCCAUAUUUGAACUUGGGUCACGCUGAGUUCCAAUACAGUGCAAUCCUAAGCAGAAUUACACUUUUUAAAGUCCAUUAAUUUCAAACGACUUAGAAGGGUAGAGCUCUGCUUAGAAUGACACUGUCAAAGUCCAACAUAAUGAGUAGGAUAAGAAUGCUGAACUCUUUAUCUAGUCGUGCUUUCUAUCCUGAAACUACUUCCAUCAUGCCAUUUUUCUCCUGGGAAUUACUUCUCAUAUCAGAACUCUAUCAGGAAACAACCAGAGGGUGGGUGAAAAGGAUUCAAUGCCCUUCUUCCCUCUACUUUUGCUGAACGGUGUCAUUCCCAUUUAUAGAACUUUGUCAUUCCCAUUUUAUAUUCAACAAGUACAUAAUUGUUACACAUCACUCUACCACUGUCUUAGAUAGCUGGCCCCAGUGUUUGUUAUAAUGUGAAGCCACUUCUGAGCUGCUUUUGCCUUUCAACAGAUUUCCUAUGUUUAAAUCAGAAAAUGUUUUACUGAAGCACGAAUGCUUAAUGCUGUAUCUGAUUUUCCUGAAAUACCAUUUCUAAAUGUUUUGCCACUUUUAAUAUAUGACAAUGUUUUGUACCUUAAUGUUUCAUAUUACAUGUUUUUUCAUGUCACCGAUGGAGCCUAUAUGUUGAUAUAUGUAAAUAAGCUACGGAAUAGAAUGCACAGUAAACAGCUAUGGCAAUUC